AUGAGUGUCCGGGGAGGGGCCGCCCUCGCUGCGCCCCCAGACUCGCCCGGCGCGGCUGACCACCCCCGGCCCUCCUCGCGCGCAGGGCCUCGCGAGCUGGGCCCCGACCGCGCCCCGUCCCCGCCGGUACUUGCCGGGCCGCGGGCGGCGACGGUCACCACCCGGCCGGCCCCGGCCACGCUCCGAAGCAGCAUCGCCGCAGCCGGCCCAGCGCGCACGCGCGAGCCGAGUCGGCCGGAAGCGGAAGUGGCGGGGCGGGAGCCGGGCCGGAGGUGCUUCCGGGAGCGCGGCAUGGCGGGCGGGCGGCGCGGCGCUGCGGCGCGCGCGGGUCCCGGGGUCUCCGGGGACGAGCAGGGGCUCCCGUUCCGGCUGCGCGAGAUCAUGCGGGGCCGCCAGGAGGUGAAGGCGCGGCUGAGCGGCAGGAGGCGGCGGGCGGCCCAGGCCGCCUUGAGGAGGACGCUGGAGGAGGAGGCAAAGGGGACGGAGCCGGACAUUCCCGUGCCCAAGUUCAAGCGGCGGAAGGGGGAGUCGGACAGGGCGUUCGUGCAGCGCAUGGAGCAGGAGGCCCAGCACGUGCUGUUCCUCAGCCGGAACCAGGCCCGCUGCCAGCCAGAGGCGCCCGCCGCGCCCAAGAAGUCAGAGGGGAAGAAAGCGUUCCAGAAGCGGCGCCUGGACAGAAUCCGACAGCAGCGGGUGGAGAAGGUGGCGGAGAGGCUGGAGCGGGAGCUGCUUCAAGACACGGUGAAGUUUGGGGACAUUGUCCAGCAACCCCCAGAGCUGACUGCCAGGCCCCGGGCCAGCACCAGUGUGAGCCAGCCCGGCAGGAAGCCGCUGUUGCUGAGGAGGUGCUUGAGCCCCGCUGGUGCCGGCGAGACACGGUCCCCGGACACCUCGCCAGCCCGUCAGCGGAUAUUGGGGGCGGAGAGAGAGCGCGCCGUGCUGGCGUACAGGGCGUUGAAGCGGCAGCGGCAGGCGGCUGAGCCGCUCCGGUGAGCCCAGCACCAGGACACCUGCUGCCCACAGCUGGCAUGGCCUUGCUCUGCCCGACCUAGGCAGAGACUGCACGGCGUUGGCACAAACCUGCUUCCAUGCCCGGUGCCAUGGGCGCCUGCUCAGUCUGGGCACCCCUCUGGCCUCUGGCUUUGGCUCAUAUGUGAAAGCUGCGGGGCCUGCCCACGCCAGCAGGGCUUCGGGGUCCAUUCUCGGGUGCUCUCAGCCUCAGGAUAGCCAGGAGGAGUGCUCAGCAUGGGGUGCAGGAGGAGGGAGAGUGGAGAGCACUGCCCCACCUUCGGGGCACACGGUGCCCCCCUCCCCUGCCCCAUGCUCCUUGGUGGCUGUGUUGCCAGCUCCACUGUUGGCUGUGGGCCUGAGAGGGUGACAGGUCAGGUGAGCUGGGGGGUCAGCUCAGCCACAGAGCCUGCUGCUCCUGUCAGAGCACCCUGGUGCAGGGUCACUCCCUGGGACGGGUCCCCAGGGUACAGGUGUGUCACUCAGGUACUGACACUGGCAGUCAAGUUACCCAAAGUCUGGACUGAGGGGCGGUGUGGAGGUUCCCAACUCUUCAAGUGUCUCCCCACAGCUUGGUGCUGACCUCGGCCCAGGGGAAGCUCCCUGCCUGGUGGCAGCAGGGGCGUGGCUGUGAUCGGUAGCCUCUGGCCGCCUCUUCUCUUUGCUGUUUUCUCUGCCUGCCAAUCUCUUCCCUGCUUGUCAAGGCAGAUGCCUGUGAAGUGCGGGCCUGGGGCCUUCGUCCCCCCUCCCCAGCUUGGUCAACAGCCUCUGGUUUACUGGCAUUUUAUUUUGGUUUUGGAUCACAGCCAUGAUUCUCAGGGCUUCCAGCGAUUGCCCCUGGCAGGCCCGGGGGACCGUACAGGGUGCUGGAGUAGACCCUGGGUCAGCAAUGUGCAAGACAAGUGCCUCACCCCUUGUACAAUCUCGGGCCCUCCUGUGCAUUCCUUCCACUCUCCUUCCCUCAUACUUGCCAAUGAAAGUUAAGGUUCAUGUCUGUCUCCUUUCUGAGAGUAGGAAACAGGGUGGAGGGUGCCCAGAGGUCAGAACUCACCUUGUAAAGUGAAUACUCUGGUGUGGCCCCAGAUCCCAGAGCUGUUGUGGGGUCUUGCUUCUCCUUGAAGCCAGCCUCAGCCCGACCUCCCAGGGGUCACUUACCAAUUUAAUCAUUAGAACCUGCAAGAAUACUGGAUUUGGUUGUGGGGGGUAGGGGGGUCAUACCAGGUGAUGCUCAAGGGUUGCUCCUAGCUCUGCACUCAGAAUAAUUCCUGGUCUGUUUUAGGGGACACAUACGAUACUGGGGGUCAAACCUGGGUCAGCUAUGUGCAAGGCAAAUGCCCUCCCUGUUGUACUGUUGCUCUGGGCCCACUAUAAUACAGUUUAAGGGAACAUCGCACUGUUGAGCCUGUGAGUGUUAACUGCAAGCAUUGCAGCAUGCCCUGCUCUGAGCUAUGUGAAGAAACAACCUCGCUCUCCUGUGAUGAGGCUGUCUCUCAUCUUCCUCCUUGACCUAAGGCUGUAAACCUUACUUUAAACAUAAGUAAAAAAUGUAGCUAAUCUUGCAA